ACAAUGAGAAUUUGCCACACGAACAAUCAGGAACACCAAAAUGCUAUACAAGAUUGGCCAAAAAAAGCUUAGAAUUGGAUCCAAAUAGACGACCAAUGGCAAAAUUUUCUGUCAGAGUUGGAUAUUGGCUUGAUGAAAUAAAACAAAACAAUCAAGAAGCAAUUUUUUGA